UUUACCAUAGUCAUUUCCACCUGUGCUCUCUCCAUCCAAAGGGCGAAUUUUGUUUGCUUUCUUUACUUUCUGUAACGUGUGUGGAACUAAAUGGAGAAGCAUGUGCAUGAUAUACUCUGUUUUAACAGAAUAAAUCAACUUGGGGGGGCUUUUAUGGCCUUGCUCUUUUUGGUCUUAUUUCCAUCUGCAAUGCUCAAAUCACGCUUUAGCUUCUCCUCUCACUUCAACAAACCGGACAUAUGGCCUCUUGCUAGCAGAUGGCGCAGCAGCUAAAGGUUUAGCGGGCCUGAACCUGCAAGCUGCGUUAAAUCCUUGCGGCCACAUUCGGGCGUGAGAAACCACCGUAGCUGUUGCGUGUGUACGGGUUGGGACAGUUCCGGCCGCGAGUGGGAGCGCAAAUCAAAGCAGCUGUCCUACAACAUAACGCUAGUUAGCUAGCUAGCAACCUAUAUAAUGCUCUCCAUCUCAGCCGGUCUGCUGAAAAGCACGCGAGUGGUCCAGCGCGUCAGACUGCUGCACGUUACUCCGACCACCAAAAUGCCAAUUCAGGUUGGAGAACAUCUUCCUGCUGUGGAGGUCCAGGAGGGCGAGCCUGGAAACAAGGUGGCAAUGGAUCAACUUUUCAAGGGGAAAAAGGGGAUCCUCUUUGCCGUACCUGGAGCUUUUACUCCUGGCUGUUCAAAGACUCACCUGCCAGGUUUUGUGCAGCAGGCUGAGGACUUGAAGGGUAAAGGCAUACAGGAAGUGGCGUGCAUUGCUGUCAACGAUGCUUUUGUCAUGGCUGCAUGGGGAAAAGAGCAUGGAGCAGAUGGAAAGGUUCGAAUGCUGGCUGAUCCUACUGGAGCAUUCACACAGGCAGUUGACCUUUUGCUUGACAGUGAGCAGAUUGUGCAAGUUCUGGGGAACAAGCGAUCUAAGAGAUAUUCCAUGCUGGUGGAAGAUGGAGUUGUGAAGAAGAUCAACGUGGAGCCUGAUGGCACUGGGCUGACAUGCAGUCUGGCCUCAAACGUUCUGUCUCAGCUGUAGGCUUCUACUGAGCUCUUUAAACCAAAUGACUCGACCCGAGUUGCUAUAAAAAAAUGCACUAUUAAAACCCACUACCAACCCUUUCAUGCUUACUUCACUGCACAGAGACUGAUGCUGAUGUCAUGUGGGUGCUAGUGUCAGGAACAAACUGAAGAUUGAUUAAUGCGCACAAUGGUAACAUGAAAUCCCAUAGUCAUCGGUCAAUGUACUGUUACAUAAGAGUAAAUAAAACGUGCUCCCAAAGCAAUAAGCAUA